UGACUUGCACAAGCUAAGUCUCUCGACAGUGCUCGAUAAAUCAGAAGAGGGAAACACAGGGCAAAAACUACAAAAAUGUUUCCAGGGUUCCUUCUCAGCCUCGCACUCUCACUGAAUUUGUGGUUCUGUGAGGUAGCAUUAGCAACUCAACAAGAAGCACCAUGUAUUAUUAUGGAUGAAACCAAUAUCAACCCUGAGAUUGCAAAACUUCUGGGCCGAAUUAAAUAUGUUGCUCGAAGCUGCAAAGAAAUUCGUGAGAAGUAUCAUGUUUAUGAUGACGGCCUGUACUAUCUGAUCUCAUCAAGAGGGGUCCUUUACCAGACGUUCUGUGAUAUGACCACUGCCGGCGGCGGCUGGACGCUGGUGGCCAGUGUUCAUGAAAACAACAUGCAUGGAAAGUGUACUGUUGGUGAUCGCUGGUCUAGUCAGCAGGGCAGCGACCCAAACCGUCCUGAUGGUGACGGGACAUGGGCAAACACAGUCAAAUUUGGAACUGCCGAAGCGGCCACAAGUGAUGAUUAUAAGAAUCCUGGAUAUUUUGACAUUGUGGCACAGGAUGUGUCUGUGUGGCAUGUUCCUAAUAAUAGUGAACUGGAACACUGGACCACUGCCUCCAUCCUGAGAUACCACACUGAAAAUCACUUCUUAACCCUACAUGGAGGAAACCUUUUGAGUUUGUUCAAGAAAUUCCCUGUGAGGUUUGGAAUCGGGACAUGCAACGUUGAUGAUGGACCUGUUAUUCCAAUAGUGUAUGAUACUGGAAAUGCUAUAUCAACAAAAUAUCUGUAUGGUCCUAAUUCAAGAGGAUUAUUUGAGCCUGGAUUCAUCACAUUCAGGGUCUUCAAUUAUGAAAAGGCAGCUAUGGCUAUUUGUUCAGGUGUUAAACCAAUCGGUUGUGACACCGAACAUUUCUGUAUUGGUGGAGGUGGACACUUUCCUGAGGCCGUCCCUAGACAGUGUGGGGACUUUACGAGCUUCGACUGGAAUGGAUAUGGUACUAAUACAGGAUGGAGUGCUUCCAAAGAGAUAACUGAAGCAGCUGUACUUCUCUUUUAUCGCUGACACUCUGAUAUUUAUAAUGGCUAUAAUAAGUGUUAGCUAUUUAAUAAACAUCUUCUGCUAUUUUCUACUCCAUAUCCAGUACUCAAUACAUUAAAAGUGUAUGGUUUAUUUUUUAUAUAACUGCCGAAAAGUGGGAGCAAAUAUAUAACAUUUUAAUAAAUUCAGUUGAUUGGCACCUAUUGAAACAAAUUAUACCUUGUCAAUAACUUAUGUGACUAAAGUCUGUUUUUGGUUAGUUGUCAUGUCAAUGUAAACGCCCCUAAAGACCACUAAGCGCAUGACAUCAUUUGUCAUGUCCUCGGGUUGAUCACUCUGUCCUUCGAUUGGCGUGUUCUGUAUCUGUCUGGUAUCUUCCCCGGCUGUUUUUUUGUUUUCUUUGAGGGGGUUCAUUUUUGGACUUAUUAAAAAUAAUCAGGUCUCCUGCUGAAGCCUG